AUGUCGGCCCCGACGCCUGCGCCGACGUCGCCUACGGUGGUUCGUAGCCAUUCUACCUCGUCUCGUCCACCGCGAGCGCCGUCCGACCUCCCCCAUCGGACACGAAGCGUGGCGGUCCGAUCGUCCAACUCCUCCCAGCCCCCUCCACAGACUCACUAUUCAAAUUCAAAACCCCCCUCCUAUGAUCGCCGCCCGCCUUCCAACCACGCCGCAUUGGACAGAAUUGCCCGCCGAGAUUUUGAAGCCGCCAAUGCAGCGCGAAUGCCCUCCCGUCGGGAGUCUUCCGCCGAGCGCUCCUCCCAGGAGCGCCCAUCGACCGCAUCCCGGACCGAAUCCACCCGCCGUCAUCAGCGAACCCCUUCUAUCCAGCCCGAUAGCGCGGAGAUGACAGGCACCGCACAAUCGACGGAUUCCUCUUCCCAACAGGCAAAUGCCACACAUGGGCCUUCCACCACCACCCCCCAACCUCGGCGCCGCACGACCAUCACAACGCCCACGGGCCAAUGGGCGCUGGGAAAGACCAUUGGUGCCGGAAGCAUGGGCAAGGUGAAGUUGGCAAAGAACAUGGAAACCGGGGAACAGGUUGCCGUGAAAAUCGUUCCACGGCUAUCGACUGAGGAGCAUCGCAACAGCCGGGAGACAGAGAGAGCCGAUCGCUCAAAGGAAAUUCGAACCGCCCGAGAAGCGGCCAUUGUCAGCCUGGUUAACCACCCCUAUAUCUGUGGGAUGCGCGACGUGGUUCGAACCACCUAUCACUGGUACAUGCUCUUCGAAUACGUCAACGGCGGGCAAAUGCUAGACUACAUCAUUUCCCACGGCAAGUUGAAGGAAAAGCAAGCUCGCAAAUUCGCUCGUCAAAUCGCCAGCGCCCUGGAUUAUUCCCACCGCAAUAGCAUUGUCCAUCGCGAUCUAAAGAUCGAGAAUAUCCUCAUCAGCAAGACAGGCGACAUCAAGAUCAUUGAUUUCGGCCUAAGUAAUCUCUUCUCGCCCAAGAGCCUUCUGAAAACGUUCUGUGGCAGUCUUUAUUUUGCCGCUCCGGAGUUGCUCCAAGCCAGACAGUACACUGGACCGGAGGUGGAUGUUUGGAGUUUCGGCAUCGUAUUGUACGUUCUGGUUUGCGGCAAAGUGCCAUUCGAUGACCAGAGCAUGCCCCAGCUACAUGCGAAAAUCAAGAAGGGUGUAGUGGAAUACCCUCCUGGUCUCACCACUGGUAAGUCGGAACUCAUGAUCAUGAUCUUCCAAUCCAUGAAAGAAAUUGCCACUAAUCUUCUUACCCAAGAAUGUCGCCACAUUAUCUCUCGGAUGCUGGUCACCGAUCCCAAGCAACGAGCUAGCCUGUCCGAAAUCAUGAACCAUCCCUGGAUGAACAAGGGCUUUACAUCCCCUCCCGAGAACUUUCUGCCGCAGCGGGAGCCGUUACAGCUUCCUUUGGAUCAGGAGGUCAUUGAGAAGAUGACGGGCUUUGAUUUUGGUCCUCCGGACUAUAUUAACGCGCAACUGACUAAAGUGCUUGAAUCGGAUGAUUACCAGCAUGCUGUUCGCCUGAACUUCCGUGAACACCCUAUUCCUAAUCAGACCGAGAAGAAGCGCGGCGUUUUUGACUUCUAUAAACGGCGAAACUCUGCUGCCAGCCGGGACACCCUGUCCGCCCCAUCGGCAGAAGCAAUUCAGCUGGGCAACGACCCUCUUAAUGCGUACAGCCCAUUGAUAUCUAUCUAUCAUCUUGUGAAGGAGAAACUAGACCGGGAACGGGCCGAAACCCGACCUGGUGCCCUCGGUCUUCGUCAAUCCCCUGGUGAUGUACAAGUGCCCGAGCUGGCGCCUCCGGAAGCUGCUCAUACUAACCAAUACCAGCUUCCGGGAGAGAGAGAUACAGGUCGGCGAUCUCGCCCGCGGGCUCGCACUCAUGGCGAGGACGAUGUCACAGAGGGGAUGAAGAGUAUGCACUCUUCUUCUCCAUCGGCACACGCAGUGCCGACGAUCGCACAACCGGACACCCCUGUCAAGAAAGAAAGCACUGCGGCCGGUAUUCUACGGCGUUUCAGUACGCGCAGAACCAAAGAUCGCAGCCGCGAUGUGGAACGGGAUCGCACCAGUACUCCAAACACUCCAACGCUCAAUGUUCAACCUCCUGCCGAUUCCGCUUCUCCAAUGAACCGUGGAUUUAGCGUGCGGCGAACACGACGUGCUGAUCCCUCUCCAGCUCCCCUGCCCUCUGGAGGUAGUCAGCCUCAACAUCAAGAUCUCCUGGCCGCUCCUGACUCUGGCGAUCAGUCUUCCAGAUCAAACAAGUUUUUGGGGCGGUCGACCAGUGUCAAUUCUGCGGAAUAUCGAACUAGAAGAGCGGCCCGGAGGAGUGAUGCAGAUGCCCUGGAUGUUGAGCGUCAGCCUCCCUCGACCAGUGGGUCCGACCAAAUUGAAUCAAACAACCAGCGAGACCAGGCUGGUGUCAAGCCUGCCACAAGCACCCGCACACAUACUGCCCGUACCAUGUCGCUUGGCCACGCCCGCCGUGAAAGCAUCCAGGCCCGCCGGGCCCGCCGGGAGGCAGCUCGGGAGGCCAAUGUGCCUGAAGAGACCGAUGCGGAUAUCUCUGGCGCAGGAACAGCUCUUGAAAGUGCCAACGAAGGCGAGGAUUUGUCCAAACCAGUCUAUCUCAAGGGCCUCUUCAGCGUGUCGACUACCAGCAGCAAACCUCUACCUGUCAUUCGUGCCGAUAUCAUCCGCGUUCUAAAACAGCUUGCUGUUGAUUACGUCGAGAUCAAAGGUGGAUUCAGCUGUCGACAUGCUCCUAGCAUCGAUCUGGACAAGGUGGUCGAUAUCAGCCCGCCUAGCCCCGAUCGGCAAGGACAGAUGUCGCACCGUCGUCGGAUUAGUUUUGGUGGGCUUCUCGGGCACGACGAUAGCCGUGAUGAUAGCCGUGGUGGACACCCCAAAUUACAACGUCGAACUCAGGGCCAACCGGACCGGAGCUUCACUACAAAUUCGGACGGAUCUGACGAGUACGUUGCCCGGGAGCAGCCUCACAGUGGCACGGUUGGUGAGCGAGUGGUCGGUGAGACUACAACCCGGGUCCAGAGUGAUACCGGUGAAAAUCUGGUACUGCGCUUUGAGAUUCUUAUCGUGAAGGUGCCUCUGUUUUCACUCCAUGGCAUUCAGUUCAAGAAGGUCGCUGGUGGCAUGUGGCAGUACCGAGAAAUGGCGAAGAAAAUUCUUGACGCUUUGCGCCUGUGA